CUUGAUAACAUAUUAGCAAAAAAAGUGCAGACUGUAGAGAGAGAGAGAGAGAGAGAGAGUUAUUCCUUUCACGAGCUUUCUUUCUCAGAGCAGAAAAACCGGGGGGAGAGAGAGUUACUGGGCGCGGCAUCGGUGUCCUCCCAAGCUGGGGGAAACGGUCCUUCCCAAGGAGACGGAAACUCUACGUAGCAUUACUGUCGGCGACAUGGCUCGGUUUCUCGUCGUCUUUACGCUCGUCGUCCGGUGUCUUCUGAUCUCGGCAGACGACGGCCUGCUCUCCAACGGAAAUUUUGAGACUCCCCCUGCUAAUGGCUUUGCCAGCAAUGGAGUGGAGGGAACUGAUGUGCUGAUACCAGGUUGGCAGACUAACGGAACGGUGGAGCUAAUACAGUCAGGACAGAGGCAAGGAGGCAUGAUCCUGAUUGUGCCCGAAGGAUCUCAUGCUGUUAGGCUUGGCAAUGAUGCCGAGAUCCGGCAGCCAUUAACUCUUGAAAAGGGCUCCUCUUACGCUGUUACGUUCAGUGCGGCUAGGACUUGUGCUCAGUUCGAGUCUCUUAACAUAUCCAUCCCCUCAGUGUCUUCACAGAACAUCGACCUUCAGACCCUGUAUAGCGUGCACGGAUGGGAUUCAUACUCCUGGGGAUUCAUCGCCGAUUCCGCGAGUGGUUAUGUCUCAUUUCGAAACCCCGGGAUGGAGGAUGACCCCACCUGUGGGCCAAUUCUUGACAAUAUUGCCAUUAAGCAGAUCGCCACUCCGGACAAACAGAAAGGCAAUGCUGUUAUCAACGGUGACUUUGAAGAAGGUCCAUGGAUGUUCCGCAACGUCUCACUGGGAGUGUUGCUUCCCAACAACCUUGAUGCUGAAACGUCUGCCCUACCAGGAUGGACAGUGGAAUCAAACAGAGCUGUCCGAUACAUAGACUCCUACCACUACUCCGUGCCGGAAGGAAAACGUGCCGUCGAAUUACUCUCUGGAAAGGAAGGCAUAAUCUCUCAGAUGGUUGAGACAUCGCCAGAGAAGAGGUACACACUCACAUUCUUAGUUGGUACAGCUGGGGAUUCAUGUCAGCAGCCAUUAGCAGUCACAGCAUUUGCUGGAGACCAAGCAACAAACGUACACUAUGCACCUACCGGGAACCUGACCUACCAGUCGGCCAAUAUAUCAUUCAUUGCUAGAGCUGAGAGAACAAGGAUUGCAUUCUAUAGUGUGUAUUACAACAUACGCACCGAUGAUCAUAGCUCACUCUGUGGUCCUGUGCUGGAUGAUGUCCGAAUGUGGGAAGCAACUGGAGCUGCUGCUGCUCAGCAAGGUGUCAGAUUCUUGCUGGUCGGCUUGAUGGUGUACACAAUUUUGAGCUUGUGUUUCGAGGUGUAGACUGUGAUUCCUUGAAGUCAUUGCUUCCUCACUAGGAAGCGGAUGCAGACUUGCAGGAGGCUUGAAGUACUGCCAGCUACGGUUCAGUUCAAAGCAGCUCUUGUUGGUUGGCUAGAAUGGUGAAGUUCUAGUGUGUUAGCUUCUUCCUGUUUCAGAAAUUAGGCAUGGUUAAAUGAAGAGCCGGGGUGCAUAUAUGGCCACCUCUUACAUGUGCAUCUGGCAAUGAGUUCUAUGUCAAAUUAUAGAUGUUUCCCUCCA